AGUGGACUGAGGCAAGAAAGAAAAAGAAGAGUACAAUAUAUAUCAAAUAUCAACUGUCAAAAAUACAAUUCUGCUGCGUACACAGUUACUGCACUGGUGAAUCGAGGCCAGGGCUAGGGAGAGAGAGUGUCGAUCAGCUCUAUAUGACUAUAACAGAUGACAACACCGGCAAAAAAUAAUUCUUUUUGCGAGACAAAUUAGAGUGGCGCUGUAAUCACACCAAUUACGGUAGUUCAUUGCACCAUACUGUAUUCUGUUCAUUCCCAGUAUGUCGUCCCCUCUUCUGAGGUGUAUCCUGCUUCCCGGCCAGAGUGUGCGUAUUGGAAGGAAGGUAUCAUUGGAGCUCUCUGUGAACAGGCCGUACCUGAGCAAUCUCCAUUGCCAACUGGACCUGAGGGUGUCUCCUAAUGGAGGGUAUGGCUGUGGGGUGAUUGAUCAUAGUCACAACGGCACCUGGUGGUUACCUUUAGGAGUAGAUCUCAAGAAUGCUGUUCGCCUGAAGAACAGAGAGAGACAAGAGUUGGUGUGCGGUGAUAUCGUAUUGUUAUUGUCCCCCAGUCACAAACACUGCUGUGAACUGAGGUUCCAGUUAGGGAGUGAGGCUGGGGAGUAUGUGCUGAGUCAGUUACCCCCCACAGAUGACCCCCCACGCACACAGGGGACCAAGAGAGAGGGUGGUGACGAUUGCACCAAUAGUCCAACCAAGAUCCCAAGACUAACUAAUGACAAUACGUGUGUAAGAUCAUGUGUGGAGACUUGUGCUGUUGAUGAGGGUAUCUCUACUGACACCCACACACGUACACCUGUCCCUGAUAUUGACACUAUUGAAUUAGAGUAUUGUCCACAUUGCACUGAACUGAUUUCUGUACCCGACCUUCCAUCUCAUGUUGACCUUUGUCGUAUACCCCAUCCCUCCUUGGUAAAAUGUCCACUAUGCUUCAAAUCAUACCCGACAGCCGACCUUUUAUCGCAUGUGGACACUUGUUGUGGAGGCAGCAAUGCUGGUUCUGCAAGAGAGUACACACUGGAACCUUAUGCUGAACUAACAAGCUACAAUGCAAUAGAUGUUGAAGUCGAUGGUACAGCCAAAAAAGAGCAGUGUGUAGCAGAGGGCCACAACUCUGCAUCUGAAAGUGACAGGGAACAUUGUGAGCACUGCCUGAAGCUAUUCCCACUGACUCAGCUGAUAGACCACGCCCUCUCCUGCUCACAACAGAGGGGCCUGGACAGUGCCAAAUGUGUGGACGGGAGUCAAGAUGAGUGGGGGGAGCCUGUGGAGAGGUGUAUGCACUGUUUCAGGGAUUUCCCACUCAGUAGUCUGGUGGGCCACUCUCGAUUAUGUGAGGGGGACAUGCUCGGGCCUCGAGGACGCUUCACAGCCUUCCUACCGUCAGUCCAUGAUAUGGAUCCAAUGGCUUUGUCUGUGCUCACAGAAACACAAAUGGCAGCUGUGGACUACGUCAUGAAGAGGUCAAAGGUUGAAGCAGAGAGCGCGUACCCUGAGCUCAAACGUAAAGUGGUCUCCCUUGGAUACACAGAGAAAGACUUGGAUACGACCCUCCAGUGGGUUCGCCGUGAUGCACCCAUCAUAGUGCAUGUAAACCUUGACCGAGUGCUGGAGUUCCUGGUCAAAGACAGCCACUAUCGGAACCUGUUUGAGGUGCGCUCUGGAGGGGGCAGCACAGACACUACUGCCAGGGCGUCUUGGGAGGACAGGAUAUUCAACAACCUCUAUGUCUCCAGCCCUCCCUCAGAGAGGGUCAAGUAUGGCGUCCUCAAUAUUGUGGGGGACCCAAGAGGAGUUCAGUCGUGUUAUUCGUAUGGAGACUCCUUCUUACAAUUAAAAAAGGUUCGCUUGAGGACAACUUUUGCAUCUACUGACACUUCGCAUAGUGGAGUGCAGCUGUCAUGCUGUGAGCACUAUGGCAAUGUUCUGAACCAGUAUAGCAACCCAGAGCUACAAGCUAUAUUGGAUGUGGCAACAAGAAAACAACCUUUCCUACAAUCAAAUGUCAUCACUCAAUACAAAGAGGUUCAGAUCCAUGGUCCGCUGUGUCUCUCUGAGAACGUAGAUUGUAUAGUAGUCAACGAUCGGCAUGCGAGUGACUCGGCAACUAGAGGCCUUCUGGACACUUUUUUGGAGCAGAACAAGUGCAAUCUCCUGUGGAUGGACUCAGUGGACUCUAUUGGUUACCCCUCCUUCACCCCAUCAAGUCACAUCCCUUUGUCUAUGCCCCCUGUCCCUAUUGUACCCCCCAUAGCAUGGGCCCCACCCACUGCACGACGUAGGAGACGACGACGCCGCCGCCACCAUAGAGACAGUGGAUGGUGACAAGUUUACAAACAUAAUAAUUUCAAAAUUUGUUCAUCAUGUGUUUUCCUUUCAUUAAUACUUCAAUUUUCCAAUUUCAUCAAUCUCACGCUUGACUACAUCUCACACUUGACCACAUCUCUUUUCUGUAUGUGUGCAAAACCAAUAAUUAACAUUAAUUUUCGUUAUUGUUGUGA